AUGGCUCCAUCAAAAAAUUUCUUGAUUUUACUUUUGGCAGCAUUAAUCGCAACCCCCGUUGCAGUUGCCCAACUUAUUUCAAUACGUAUAAGUGGGGUGUUAUUUUGCAGCGUUAACGACACUUUAGAUGUCAUCAAUGGACUCACCCCCCAAGUUUUUCCUAAUGUAUCAGUGCAAUUGCGGUGUGGAUCAAGAAAUGUGGUAUCUAGUACAAUAACAAAUGGAUCAGGAGUAUUUUCAUUGGUGGUGGAUCCUCGUGUAAAUACUUUGCCAUUGCUAUUGUCCAACUGCAAUUUAGUAGUUGCAAAUCCACUCUCAACAUGUAAUGCGAGCUUACCAUCUGUUGGGCUUUUAGCGUCAUCCUUGAACCUUCUAAAUAUUGGUAUUGGCAGUGUCGACAGUGUUAUUAGUGUCAGUUUAGGUCCUACUAGUUUUUUACUUAAUCUUAAUCUCAUUUUAUAG